GUGCUUUCUCACAACCGCGUGGGCUGUCACAGCUCCCAGGGACUCAAGGUCUCCCUGCUGAGAUUCUCUACCCUAAAGAAUCCAGCAACCAUGAGGACACGAAGGAACCGUACUAUGGACGGGCCGGAGCGUCCGCCGUAUCCUGGCAGGCAGCUGUUUGUUCUCGCUCUCUGCCGGAUAUGCGAGCCCAUUGCGUUCAUGUCCAUCUUUCCUUACAUCUAUCACAUGGUGAAGGACUUCAACUUUGCCGAUGACGAGAGCCAAAUCUCGUUUUAUGCCGGCAUGGUGACCUCAGCGUUUACCUUUGCCGAGUUCUCCACAAGCGUCUUCUGGGGAAGACUGAGCGACAAGAUCGGCCGGAAACCGGUGCUGCUUAUGGGAAUGGCGGGAACCGGCCUGAGCGUCCUCAUCUUCGGCUUCGCGCCCAACCUCCAGGUUGCGCUGUUCGCGCGCGCUCUAGGCGGAUUCCUAAACGGGAACAUCGGCGUGUUGCAGACAACUGUGGGCGAGCUGAUCACAGUCAAGGAACAUCAACGUGAGUCGUCACACAGUCACAGGCUGCAGAACGGGGCACUGACACGAUGCUCAGCUCGGGCGUACGCGGUCAUGCCAUUGGUCUGGUGCAUAGGCUCGAUCGUUGGACCUAUGAUCGGCGGCGCUCUUGCGAAGCCGGUCGAGAGACUGCCCUCAGUAUUCGCUCCAGGCAGUCUCUGGGACCGAUUUCCGUACCUUUUGCCGAACCUGUUCAGUGCCAUCUGCGUCUCGCUCGGCGUCGUCAUUGGCAUUCUGUUCUUGGAAGAGACGCACGCGGAGAAGAAGCGAAACCGGGAUCGGGGAGUGGAGCUUGGAAACUACCUGCUCUCCUGCCUGCCUGGCAUGGGUGGCGAGGGCAAGGGCAAGUCGCCAGCCAAGGAUUCCGAGGAGCAGCCUCUCCUUUUAACAGUGGAAGAUCCCUUGCCUGGGUACGUCGCCGGCGGGGCCUCGGCUGGGCCAUCACCGGCCGCGACCGCCUCCCAGCAGGAACUGCUCGAAGUUGAAGCUGGAUGCGGCGGGCAGUCCUUGAAACUGGAAACGAAACCUGUGACAAGGAUAUUUACCAAGCCUGUUCUCACCAUUAUUGCCUCCUACGGCAUCCUUGCGUUUCACACCAUGGCAUUCGACGCGUUGCUUCCGGUGUUCCUCAGCACAAGCCCGCCGGAGCCUCGGGUGCCGCCAUCCCUCCCCUUCAAGUUUGCGGACGGCUUCGGUCUGGACACUAAAACCAUUGGCUUCAUCCUGUCGGUCCAGGGCCUCUACUCGAUGACAUCGACACACUUUCUGUUCCCCCUGGUCACGGAAAGGUUGGGCCCUCUCCGCCUCUUCAGACUCAUGUCUGUCUUGUACCCGGUGCUGUACUUCUUCGUGCCGUACAUCGUCCUAUUCCCCGAGAGCGUUCGUAUGGCCAGCGUCUACUUCAUCGUCGUGUGGAAGUGCACGUUCUCGACGCUGGCCUACCCCAGCAACGCCAUCCUCAUCACCAACUCGGCACCGACGACUCUGACUCUCGGGACGAUCAAUGGCGCGGCGGCCUCGACCGCGAGCCUGUGCCGGGCGUUGGGGCCCAUCAUAUCGGGGUUUCUGUACACCGUCGGCUUGGAGAGCGGCUACUCGGGCCUGUCCUGGUGGGUGACCGGCCUGGUCACGAUCGCGGGUGCUUUCGUUGGGCUGAAUAUCACGGAGCCUCGCGGGAGGAUGGACGAGAAGGACGACAUCGAGGCGGCCCCCGAAUCGCAGCAGAGCACCUGGGACGGCCCGGAAGCGAACCAACGGCGGGCGGAUCACGAUUGAGUCUGCCGGCACAGUCAGUUCGCACGGAUUCUUGGACCGGCAUGGCCGGAUUCCCCUGGGGGGUUAUCCUCCGCCGCCCU